CAGUCUGUCGAGCGCAUCAUGCGUGGCAAGUGCUUGUUGCUCCUCCAAUUGCUGUGCGCUGCUGCGGUUGGCUGUGGUGCAGCCGCCAGCGGCUACUAUACGGCGGGCGUGGUGGAGUUUCGUCCGGCGUACAGUGGUGGCAGCUCCGAGCAGCUGCUCGAGGAGAAUCUGGCUGCGUAUCUGGAGCUGAUUGAGGCAGCCAAUGGGACUGCGGACAUUCUGAUCUUUCCGGAGGGCACGCUGAACAGCCAGCUGCAAUUGACGGCGGUGCCGGCGCCCUCGCGUCGCACUCUCUGCCCCAUUGUGGUGGCACCUGUCGAUGGCGUGGCCCCGUUCCUCAGGCAGCUGGCCUGCGCAGCUGUCGCCGCCCAGAGCUACCUGGUGCUGAAUGUGAAGGAGCGCGAGCGCUGCGACCGCGAGGCCGACUGCCCCGCCCGCGGCUACCGGCUCUACAACACGAACGUGGUGCUGGACCGCAGCGGUGCGGUGGUCUCGCGCUACCGCAAGUGGAACCUCUAUCUGGAGCCGCAGCUGAAUCGCACCAGCGAGCCGGAGUACGCCAUCUUCGAGACGGACUUCAAUGUGACCUUCGGCCAUUUCAUUUGCUUCGACAUGCUCUUCUACACGCCCGCCCAGGAGCUCGUCGAGCGCUACUCCGUUCAGCAUUUGAUUGUCACCAAGAUGUUCAACUCCGAGCUGCCUUUUCUCACAGGUAAUUGCUAUAACGUCAAACCUGAAGUCUGA